AUCCCAACUUCCUGUGUGAGCGCUGAAUCAGAGACAGACAGUUCCUCUCUGGAAUUGGCUCAGCAGCGCUAAGGAGGUUACACGACGACAGACGGUGAAACAGUCUAGGAGUUUUGAACGGGGGAUACGUUGACAAUUGGAGAGUUUUGUCCGAAGAGCAACCAGCCAUGAGUUGGGGAAUAGAUCUUUGGGACCAGUUUGAAAACCUCGACAAACACACACAAUGGGGGAUCGACUUCCUGGACAGAUAUGCAAAAUUUGUGAAAGAGCGGCUGGAAAUCGAACAGACGUAUGCAAAGCAAUUAAGGAACCUGGUGAAGAAAUACUGCCCAAAACGCUCCAAAGACGACGAGCCCAGGUUCACGUCCUGCAUCUCGUUCUACUCCAUUCUGAAUGAGCUGAAUGACUAUGCAGGUCAGAGAGAGGUCGUUGCCGAGGAGAUGGGACACAAGGUGUAUGGUGAGCUGAUGAAAUACUCACAGGACCUCAAGUGUGAGAGGAAGCAUCAUCUUCAGGAAGGCAGAAAGGCACAACAAUAUUUGGACCACUGUUGGAAACAGAUGGACAGUAGCAAGAAGAAGUUUGAGCGUGAGUGCAAAGAAGCGGAGAAAUGCCAGCUGCUCUUCGAGAGGCUGGACAACGACAUCAACGCCACCAAGUCCGAGGUGGAGAAGGCCAAGGCCCAGCUGUACCUUAGAACACACAUGGCGGACGAGAGCAAGAACGAGUACGCCGCGCAGCUGCAGACCUUCAACCGCGAGCAGUGGAAGCACUUCAACUCGGCCAUCCCGCAGAUCUUCAAGAACCUGCAGGACAUGGAUGAGCAGCGGACGGUGAAGCUGGGCGAGACGUACCGGAGCUUCGCCGAGGUGGAGCGCCGCGUCGUGCCCAUCGUCUCCAAGUGCCUGGAGGGAAUGGUGUCGGCCGGGAAGGCCGUGGACGAGAGAAAGGAUUCAACCAUCGUGGUGGAAUCCUUUAAGUCCGGCUUCGAGCCUCCGGGCGACUUCCCCUUCGAGGACUUCAGUCAGAACAUCCAGCGGACCGGGUCGGACGGAACCAUCGGCACGCCCAAGAACGAGGGCGGCAAACCCGACCCCAAACACUCGAUGAGCAAAGCCAAGAACAAGCUCUGGCUCUUUGGUAAAAAACCAAAGCUGCCCCCUCCGUCGGCCCCCCCACCGGCACACCCCCCCCGCAACUCCCACCCCUCCCGCCCCCCCCACCCUUCCCAUCAGACCCAGCGGGUCCCCACAGAGCGCCCGGCACAGCAGCGCCACGGCGCGGACACGAGGGCGCACCGCCCCAAGGGCCCACUGGGGGCGCUGAGGAGAGGGGCUCCGACGUUGGAAGACCUCAGUCACCUGCCCCCCGAACAAAGACGCAAGAAGCUGCAGCAGAGGAUCGAGGAGCUCAACAAAGAACUGCAAAAAGAAAUCGACCAAAGAGACGCUCUAAACAAGAUGAAAGACGUGUACGAGAAGAACCCGCAGAUGGGCGACCCCAGCAGUCUGCAGCCCAAGAUCUCCGAGACCAUGUGCACUAUGGAGCGCCUGCGCUCCGAGAUCCACAAAAAUGAGAGCUGGUUGUCGGAGGUGGAGGGGAAGCAGAGCUCCCGCAGUGACCGUCGGCCCAGUGCAGAUGUGAACCAUCAUGCGCCUCACGGGAGAGAGAGCCCCGAGGGUAGUUACACAGAAGACCCCAGUCAGGAGCACCGCGGCCCCCCCCAGCCGGACCCCCACGAGUUUGACGACGAGUUUGAUGAUGAUGAUCCACUACCAGCCAUUGGCCACUGCAAAGCACUCUAUGCAUUUGAUGGCGCUAACGAGGGCACUCUGGUGAUGAAGGAGGACGAGGUGCUGUACGUGAUCGAGGAGGACAAGGGCGACGGCUGGACGCGGGCGCGCAAGCAGACGGGCGAGGAGGGCUACGUCCCCUCCUCCUACGUGGACAUCACGCUCGAGAAGAACAGCAAAGGUUCCUGAGUGGAGGUGGUGGGGUGUGUGUUGGUGAGGCAUUUUGGUGGAGGGCACACACGGCUCUCACUCUUUAAGGGGGGUGGGGUGGGGUGGGUGGGGGGGGUUUGAAGGAGCGUUGGCAGGACAGAGCAGGACGCAGGAGGGGGGUGGACGAUGGUGCCGAGAGGGAGCAGAGGAGAGACAAAGCCCCUUAGAGAUGCAGGACGCAUGUUUGCAUGCAAAUCCAUCUUUCACUUUGACCAUCCACCCUUCCAUUCCCUUAACAGCACCAGAGAUGUCUAGGAGAAGGGGAGAGAGAGAGAGAAAGAGAAGGAAAGAUAAAAAGAAAGUAGAAAGAAAGAGAGCAAGAAACAAAAGAACUGGGGUGAGAAGGGGAGUGAAAGGGUGUGGGAUGAAAGGGGGGGGGGGUUGUUAUCUCAAAGCUUCAGGUAGGAAAGUAUCCGAUAGUAGUCAUAAAUCACCCUUUGCCAAGUCCAGCAUGCAUUGGUCUUCAUCUCCUCUCCAGAGAGUGCGUCCGGCCCCCCCGGCCAUCCACCGGCGUCCUCCACUAACCAGCCUGCCUUCUAGCUUUCGUCUGCUGCGGCGUGUCCAGCCCUCGCUGGGCAUGAGAUACUAGCCCUCCUGCCUCCUCCCCCCCCCGUGUCCAGCCCUCGCUGGGGACGAGAUACUAGCCCUCCUGCCUCCUCUCCUCCCCUGCCAUUCUGUAUGCUCACUGUGUCUUGCUCUGCUCCUGCCUGAACACUGUGUCGUUUUUUAACCCUCCGCAACCCUCCGGGACACCUCAGGUCCACUCCUGUGCGCUCUCGUUGUUUUUUUUGUUUUUUCUCAUAUCAUGACUCUUCUUCCUUUGUUUCCUUUCUCUGGUCAUGUAUGCUUUGUUCAUGUUUUUGUUUUUUUUCUUUAUGUUACUGUUGACUUGUUGCCUUGCCGACGCCACCAUCUUGAAUGUUAACACCGUGUCAUGUAACCCAUCACAUCGCAUUGCAUCAUAUCGCAUCGCAUCUUUGCUGUUCAUCAGACGCUCCAGACGAGUCUGUAGCGCAGCAGCCACUGCUGAGCCCAAAACACCCCCUCUACUCCCCCCCACUUCUCCAACACCACCUCCCACUCACUGCGCCAGUGCUGCAACCAGUGGAGGACUUCUGCAGUACCAUCCCACACCACCAGAGGGUGCUCCCACAACGCGCAGAGCAGCAGCAACAGCAGCAGCAACAGCAACAGCACCAGGUGGUCUGGAGGUCCUCAAGUGUGGAUGCUGGAGAACUCCCAGUCCCCUUCCUCUCCACACAGAGAGAGCGCUGACCGCAGAUCCACACUGACCAACGCAACACCAGCGUCUGCAGCCCAACCCAGCCCAACCCAACCCAACCCAACCCAACCCAGCCCAACCCAACCCAACCCAACCCAGCCCAACCCAACCCAACCCAAACAAGCUCAGCCUAGUGCCUUGAUGUUGCCCUAACCGUGUUCAAAUGGAUGAGGCGCGGAGUGAAUAGCAGUCCAUCUCUUGCUCCGCUCCUCACCAUGAGGGGGCAGGUAGGGGAGAUGGGAUGUCAUCGGUGCUCCCUCCCCCAACCAUGCCCCAUGUUUGGCGCCCCCUGCUGGUGAAUCUCUUUUUCAACUCUUGCAAUAUCACAGGUGCUUGGCAGACAUAAACACACGCACACACACACACACACACACACACACACUGGUGCUCACGACUGCUUCCCCAAACCAGUGAACCACAAUCAUCAGAAAAAUAUACAUCUUUUCUAAAGCGUCUAUGUUUAUUGUGAAUGUGAUUUUUAUUUUUUAUUUUUAUUGUUUUGUGAUAUGCAUACACAACUCAUGCAUAUAUGCACAGCAUAUUCGCUGUGCUUAUUAUGCCUGUGAGGUAUGUCUGAUUUGCCUAGUCUGAUUUUAUACAUUACAGAAAUCGUAUGUUUUUAAUAUUCUCUCAUUCCAUACUGAAUGUGUUUUUUAUCUUCACGACUUUUUAAAUGGGGGGAGGGGAGAGGGGUGCAAUAAGCAAGCAUUUUUCGCCUCUCAUGAUUGUGCUGUUAGCCCAUUGUAACCAUGCUCUUCUGACUAGAGACCUGGUCUUGACUAAUGCACUUUUUUUACCCUAUAGCAUUUGAAAUAAUAAUGAAUAAAUUAAUGAAUGAUGUCGUUCCUUUAUGCUACCUUUUUAUUGCUUCUUUCCUUUUGUAAAAAUGUACAGUCCAGGCAGCAGUGACCACUAUGGUAUAUAGGAUGUCUUGAAAAAACUGAGAGGAAUAAAUAUUUCAGCUCCCUCCUCCCCCCUUUGCUUUGGCCCUUCUCUGAUAUACUAUGCUGUGGUUACUCCUGGGAAAGGACACCUAAAAGAAGAGACGUUUGUAUUUUAAAGAUCUCAAACUGAGUAGCCCCUUGUUGCUGCCUGUUACGGUCCCCUGUGACGGAGGAGUGUGUUGGGUACAGCAGGUUUAAACCCAGUCUGGGCUGGACCCCACACCUAGAAACCCAGUCUCAGCUGGAUCCCUCAGACUUCGAAUCAGAUCUCAGCCUGAUCCAGCUGACUGAGUAGUUGAUCUGGUCUGGAUCUGGUCGAUAUAUAUACACCACAUAUGAGUCAGAUCUGGUAGAUUCACAACAGAUCUCCUUUGAAUUUCCAGUAAUUUCCAGCAAUUUACAACAAAUCUGUUCUGAAUCUAGCUGAGAUUUACAACAGAUCUGCCCUGAGUCUCAGCAGAGACAAACCAGAUCUGCUCCAAUUCUCCAGCAGAUUCCGUCUGCUCCGAUGGCCUGCUUCUGGCUGUGGCCUUUCAGGAUGUUCAGACUCAGGCGUUUGGAGGUCUGACUCUUGCGGUCGCUGAGAUGGGUUCCGUCCGGCCGGAGGGCCCCCGACGCCGUACUUCUCCUCCAGGCAGCGCAGGGGCAGCUCCUCCACGUCCAUGUGGCUGACCUUUUGACCUUUUGACCUUUUGACCUUUUGACCUUUCAAUUAUUCGAGUAUUGGAAACUGUGACGUCUCCUAUCCUAUCCUACCCUUCCUUUUCAUGGCAUCGGGAUUGUUUUUGUUUAUGUCGAAUGUGAAGCUGCUGAUGGGUGUGUAAAGGUGACUGUGUAUGUGAGUGUGUGUGUGUGUGUGUGUGUGUGUGUGUGUGCGCGCGCGUGUGUGUGUGUGUUAUGGAUUUCUUAUGAGAGAUGCUUCUUUGGGGCCUUUUUCAUUUCUUCAAAUGGAGUCUAAUAGUGGAGACCUUGUCUUGGGUAACAAUCAUCAGUGCUGUGGUUGUAACUCAGCCCCUGCUGGGUGCUUUCUGGCAAGGUCACUUGUGGUGGCUCGUGCCUGUUAUUUUGGCGUAAGUCAGCCAGACUACAGACUUCCCCUGCUCUGUUCAUCUUUUGGGAAAAGACAGUAUUUAGCGACUACAGUGUCGCACAGGUUGACUUGGUUAAUACAUCCAGUUUAGUGUUGACUGUUGACAUACAUUUCACACAACCCGAUUGUACCAGAGUGCAUUAAGGUGGUAAUCCAGUGCUGUCUCAUUGUAAAAAACUGACUUAUAAUCACUCCAUGUGUGUUUUGUUUUUAUCAAACUUCUUUUCAAUAACAAGUUGCUGCAGGCAUGGUCUGUGAAAGUAGGUUACUGUUGCACCUUACUCUGGCAUCUCAUUCUGGAUGUGUAUAUUUGAACAAUGAUGCCCCUUUCAGCAGAGGCUGUAGUGCUCCAGGUUAGACACCAUGCUUCAUGUAAAACACUAACUAAUCCUGCAGAGGGCGCUCUUCUGCCAAGAGUCAUGCUGCCAUACAACUAUUAAUAUCGUCAUCGCCAUCUUAAUUAGACAAAUUCAUCGAUAGAUUUAAACAGCAGUAACAGGCCAUUUUCACCACAUCAUCGAGUAUUGUGCAUAUCUUAACAUAACCCAUCGAUGCAUUGUAACUAUUAUCUUACUGAUUCUAUAGUAUGUACUGUUCUCUCAACACACCACUUUGAGAGGCCUGUCACCCAGUCGUGCUCGACCUCUGGGAGCAGGAGCAUCACCCCGGUGGACACACCAACUGUGGAGAACCGCAGCACGGACCACCGACGACAAUGUUUUUUCUGUUGUUGUUGACGUUGAAAUGUACAGAAAUUCAGUUGGAUGGCAGUACUUCCUCAUCUGUGCUCUCGUGGGCAUGUUUCCUUAUACUUUUAAAUGUUGUGACACAUGGCAUUCAUCCUGUUCUCUUUCCAUACAUUGUUCUAAUAAAAUGUACAUACAA